AAAAGUGCACCUCGUCGAGCGGUGAUUUUCUCGUAAUUGUUACAGCUUCUUCGGGUUGUGUUCGGUUGCGUUUUACCAGUAAGAAGUUCUACAACCAACCGUUCUCAAUGAAAUCCAUUCACGCACCCCUGUGUUGUUUGCUGAUUGCUAUCGUUACAGUGAAUGCGGUGCCAAUGUCGAAUAAAGCUGAAAUCCGGAGGAACAUUCGUUUGUGUGCGAAGGAGAUGGGGGUGUCAAGCAGAGAAGCGAUUCGGGUGCUGAAGGGUAACUUUGCUGAUGAUAGCGAUAAUAUCAAGUGCUUCAUGAAGUGCAUGUUCUACAGCAUGGGCUUCAUUGACGAUAACGACCAGGUUGUGGAGGAGGCAAUCCGGGAGAAGGUGAUGGCCAACAUGGAUUCGGAGGAGGCAGAAGCUCUGUACAGCAAGUGUAAGAUUGCUGGUGAAGAUAUUUGUGAUACUUCCUAUCUAGUUUAUAAGUGUAUUUUUGAAAACUAUGAAAUCGCAGAUGACAUGUUGGACUUUUGAAAGGGUUCAUCGACUUCAAGCAUAUAUUCUAGUGAAAUAAAAUGUGAUAUUCUAAAUACAAAAUAUAACUAUAUAUAAAGUAGUUCAACUUUCGUCUUAUGAUAGCUUGUUUUAUUUAGUGAGAUAUUAUUUACUGAUUGUGAACAGAUUGAAACUGAAUAAAUGUUAGAACCGCCAUUGUUUGAACAAGAUGUCAAUUUUUGGAAUGCUGAAACUGGGCAGAAAAAUGGUUAUAUAGAAAAAGGUUUGUUUAGAGAAGUAAAAGUGAUGUUAAAAUAAUUAAAAUUUUGUUACUGCAAGAUAUCGUUUGAAACUUUACUCUUCAUUCAUUGAAAACAAUCAUGAGCCAGAAAUGUGUA